AUGGCGGCAAUCAAUGUGAUCUACCAUGGCAACUCCGCGUCGCCGUCCUUGCACUCAAUCGUCAAACGAAGCGGCCAUAAAGGCAACUGGGCGAACAGAAAUCGAGGUGUGGUGCUUGUAUUUUGUAUUGUAUUCCUCGUUGUUGUCGGAAUCAUGGCCCUUUUUGGGUACCGGCGAUUUUUGAAACGGAAAGUUGAAAAGCAGUCCUAUGAGACGACCAAGGACUAG